AUGGCGCCCGAGGGUGCCGCGCGGAGCAGGUCCGCGUACCAGUCGAAGAACAGGUCCGCCAUGGAGGGAGAAGAAGACAGGGAUGAAGAGCAGCUCGCGAAUCGAAGUCGUAACCUCUUCAAUCGCAGCCUGGCUUCCCCACCGGAUCGAGCUCUUAUCCGCUCAACGGUCCGGCCCAGAUGCAGGCGGAAGAAGAGGCUUGACAGGGAUGAUGAGACGACGCAGGCACAAGAAGUUGGCAUGAGCACCGGUCAACGGUCAAUGGCAGCAGGCAACUCUGUUUCUUCCGUUUUAGAUGACAAAUAA